AUGACGCUUCCCAUCCAGCAGAAGGGCCCUCAAAUCCUCGCAGUCUUGUGGCUCGAGACGUUUCUCGCCGCAACUGUCAUUUCCUUGCGCUACUGGACAAGAAGCAAGAUCGGAGGACAGGUCGGCUGGGACGACUGGUUGCUGGUUCUCACUUGGCUUUUGAUGUUUGCUUUCUCCAUAAUAUGUACUAUUGCUACGCAACAUGGACUCGGCAUCCACAUGGCAGACAUCCAGCCAAUUACCGAGUUCUCGAUCGGAAUGAAGGCCUUCCUCAUCGGCCAAUCCACUAUUGCGACAGCCAUGGGAACGAGCAAGGCUGCAGUCGCCGUCUUCUUGAUCCGCAUCCUUAACAAGACCUGGCAUUACAUUAUUCUCUGGUUCUGGAUCAUCUCCAUGAUGGGAAUCAGCAUUCUGCUCGCCGUUUCCGUAUUUGCCCAAGUCACGCCCGUCGAAGCCCUUUGGAACCCGGCCGUCAAGGGAACGUACCACAUGAACCUCACCGUUAUUGCAACCGUGACCUGCGUCUGGUCGGCCGCCAUGGAUUUCUUCCUCGCCCUCUUCCCAUGGAUGGUCCUCUGGCAGCUCAACAUGAGGAAGAAGGAGAAAAUCACCAUUUGCAUCUCCCUGUCCCUUGGUGUGAUUGCUGGAAUCUGUGGUGUCGUCCGUAUCACUACGCUGAAUGCCUUGUCGAACUCGGCCGAUUAUCUCUACGCCUGCUCUGAUAGCGUAUGCUGGACCUUCUCUGAAUUGACUUUGACAAUCGUUUGCGUCACUUUGCCCGCCCUGCGUCCGCUCUGGAAACGUGUCACCGGCCAGAGCUCGUCCGGAUACGGCAACUACCACAAGCAAUCGCAGUCCAAGAGUGGAUUUGCAUCGAGAUCGGAGAAUGGCGCCAUCAACCUCGACUACAUGCCCGGAGCGGCCAAGAAGCCCAUGGACCCCACUUAUACGUCGCAAGCCGGAAAGGCCUCAUUGCACACCGACGCCGACAGUGACAGGAGUAUCCUGGGCAACGGAAAGGGGAGCAACGAGGCGAUCCAGCGCGUUCAGGAGGUCACCGUCACAUACGAUGAUGUUUCUGAUACGAGCAUAAAUGUGCAGCACAACGCCUAUUCAGCGCACGCAAGGUAG